AUGCUUGCGAACUCGCUUACAAUCAGCGUACUGGUUUCUACAAUCGGCUGGCGUACCAUCAUUCCGCUUCUUACCUCGCUGGUGUAUUUGGCGGCGCAUAAGCGGAACAAACAGCCGCAUCUAGGCCACACGAUAUUCUCGCUGAUACACAACAUGCGUACCAUCAAGUUCUACGGCUGGGAAGAGGCAUUUAGGCAGGUGGCGGACGAUGAUCAAGUAGACAAAUUCAUCUCAGCAGCAUUGACAGUCUCGUCGUUCUUACACACCUCGAACAAUAUCGAAUAUGCGGAUAUACUUUUGGUCAUGUCAUCUGCCGAGUCCCUGACUGAGAUGCUGCUACGUAAGGACGAUUACCAGUUUAUCGCGUGCCGAAACGAUGCUGACGAUGUGGCUGUCUCGAUGGAUUGCUGCAGCUUCCAGUGGAACACAGGUGAUUUUGCUCUGAAGAACAUGGAUCUCAGGAUCAGCAAGGGCGAGUUCGCUGUGGUAGUCGGUCGUAUGGCACCCGGUCUGGUCUCUGGCAAGAUCGGGUACGUCAGCCAGAAGCCUUGGAUAAUGAACGCAACGGUUCGCGACAAUUUCUACCACACGGUUCUCGAUGCAUGCGCGUUGGCCGAGGACAUUAAGCUGCGGCUGGCACUCGCUCGGGCAAUCUACUCUCGCGCCGAUAUCUUCGUUUUGGAUGACCUGCUGGCGGCAGUUGAUGCCCAUUGGCAGACGCGGAUUCUGGUGACUCAUGCCGAGCAUGUUGUGCCCUUGGCUGACAGAGUUGUCACGCUUGUCUCUGGGUGUGCCACCGUUGCGAAGCAAUUUUCAGACGACUCGUCUGCCGGUUCAGGACAGUUCACAUAUGACCCAGAGCGCGGUGUGGACACGCAUAUUUGGCCAAAGCUGUGGCAGUACAUCGUGUUUUGUGGGUUCUCUGCUGUUGCGGACUGGCCAACGACGGGCACCAUCGAAUUCCGCGAUUACAGCAUGCGGUACCGCGAAUCCCAGGACCUGCAGGAGAAGAUCGGGGUAGUUGGACGUACCGGUGCUGGCAACCCAGACAGCGGGGCCAUCUUCAUUGAUGGGGUGGACAUUUCGAGUAUUGGGCUCAAGCACUUGCGCUCGAAGAUCAGCAUCAUCCCGCAGGACCCGGCUCUGUUCAACGGCACUAUACGCGAGAAUCUGGACCCGCUGAACGAGUUCACUGAUGAUGAGGUCUGGGGCGCCAUUCACAAGGGUUGUAUAGAUGAUAUAGUCAGUACACCCACAGAAACAUAUGGUGCGGGUGACAACAACAGCGGACCGUGGGUAGAGGGGAUUGGGCUGAACAAGUGGAUCGAAGAUGGCGGCAGGAAUUUUAGCGUCGGACAGCGUCAGCUCGUCAGUCUGUGCCGUGCACUUCUGUGGAAGCGCAAGAUCCUGGUCCUCGACGAAGCAACAGCAAAUCGUGUUAUCCACGAGGAGUUCAAGGACUGCACAGUUCUGACCAUCGCGCACCGGCUCAGGACCGUCAUGGACAGCGACCGGAUUCUGGUCAUGGAUCAGGGCAGAGUCGCCGAGUUCGAUUCGCCGGCUAAUCUGUUAGCACAGGACACGAUGUUCAAGGGCCUUGUCGAGAGUAUGGAGCUUAACGAAAGCAAAUCCUUUGAGAAUCCCCCGUGCCGCGAUACCAAAAACAGCAUCCAUGCAAUCCUGGCCAUAAGGAUCGUGUGGUACCGCGACAAGUAUAUAUUCUGA